CAGUUGGAUAAAAUAUACUCAAAAAUGGACAGGAUUCUGUCAACCUUCAACAGAAAAAUAAUGCUACUGUUAGCGUUUUCUUUUUAAAUAAAGCAGGUAUACGAAAUACAUGCAAUACAUGACGGGUAGCAGUUACCACAUUCCAGGCUCUGUAUGUUCAAGCCAAACGCCAAGUUUGCCAGCGUCCCCAGAACAUUAAUGCCUACUGGCUUUCACAGGGAACUGCAUUCCCCAGGAUUCAGUGCGGCAAUCAUUGCUUUUCUGCGGUUGGUGCGGUGGUUUUUUCUCUAAGCGGGUAUGGUGAAAUGUAGGAAACAGCAAUAAUAUUAACGUCUUGGCUUAGCGAUAUGGCUAAACACAAGUGUGAUGGUUCUUCGAGUCCGCUAUCAGAAUCUGAACUGGACCCAGAUCCUCAGCGUUACCCGCCGCCGCCGCCUCUGCAAUUGCCACGCCUGGAGAAACCGCUGCGCCAGGCCUUCUACAAUACCGGGGCUCUGGUUCUGGUGGGACUAUGCUUUGGGGUGGGGGUACUCAUUUAUUUUAUCCUCGAAGCGUUUCUGCGCCCACUCCUGUGGGCUGUCCUAUGCGGCACCUUUUUGCACCCGUUUAAGAAUUCCCUCACGGCAUUUGGGCGUCGGUGGCUGCGUCGCCUCCGCCAUUCCAACACGCCAGUAUUUUUGGCUACUUUCUUAUUGCCGCUGUCUUUUGCUAAUGCGGCCGCCGAAACCUUGGUUAAUGAGAUCGUGCGGCGCCGUUGGCUUCUUCUUCUUUUGAGUGCCGGAGCUCCAGUUUUGUAUGGAGUAUACUGCAUCGGUACCUCCUUUGAGGUCCAGGUGGUUCUUGAGUAUUCCGCCAGCCUCAUUUGCCAAGGACUAAACUAUUUCAGUAGUCGUUGGAUAUGGACCUUGAUAGCAGGCUAUCUGUUGACUGUGUUAUUCAGAUGGAACCCAAGCACCGAGCGUUACUUGAGAGCAAUAUCAGUUCCCCUCUGGAUUGUGCUGCUAUUUCAUUUGGCUUCUGCAGCAGGAUCUUGGAGAAUUCCAAUUGUUGUACUUAUAAUUGUCUUAAUGACAGUAGGUAUGCUUCAUGAACAAUCAAAUGGAAAAGAGCCUUCAGAGGCACAAGUUCUUGGUCAAGUAAUUUCCAUUGCAGCAUCUGCGGUCACUACAGUAAUCUCAGUUACAUGUUAUGAAUCAAGUAAUGAAGAUCAUCCAUUACAAACUUCAGAAAUUGUAGAAAGUGGCGAUCCCUUAUCAGGAUCAUCCAGUGAGAAGAGCAGGCAGAGACCUGAGAUUGCAGCAUUUCCUAAAAAGAAGAAAGCCAGUGACAUCUACUUUGUUCUGCUUGUAUGGAGCAUUGUAAUAGUCCAGAUCUGGUUUAAUUUCUGGAUAAUUCAAUUGCUGCCCUUACCUUUUGCAGUGUGGGUUUUAAAAAAACUGUUGGUCCACUUUGGAAUAGUGCAGUUCUCACUGAUUUACUGCAGUAACUAUUGGCAUACUCUGGAAGAUUUUGUGAGACAACGUCAAGAAGUUCUUGUACCCCAACCAGUUAAGGGUCUUGGAAGAAUUAUUCUCAAGUUAGACAGCAAGCUGAUCGUGUGGUUGGAAGAAAUCCUAGAUAAAAUCAUUAGCAUAUUCAUUAUAUUUGUGCUAGUGAUAGGCACCCUGCUGCUUGCGUUACUCCUUACAGCAAAGGUUCAUCAGGAAAGUGUACAUAUGAUUGAAGUAACAAGCAGAUUGAUUAAUGAAACUGUAGCCAAUCACCCAGAAUGGGCCAAUUGGCUUCCCGAAGCUCAAGUCAUUCAGAAGGCUUUGAAUUCAGCUGCUACUAAUGUUUAUCAGUAUGGGCGAGAAUGGAUAACGCAUAAGCUUGAUAAAAUAUUAGGAGAAAAAGUAAAUAAUACUGCUAUGAUUGAAAAACAAGUUCUGGAACUUUGGGACAGACUAUAUCAUACUUGGUUUGCAAAAAAUACAACUCAUUCUGGACAACAAAAAAGUCACAAAAAGCAUUUAAAUCGUGAGCAUAGUUGGACAAGUGACAUGCUUGAUUGGCAGGAUAUUGCUUCUUUUAUUCAUGAGAAUAUUGAAACAUUUCUUUCGGUAUAUGGUUUUUGUAAUAAAUAUAACAGGAAAUACUAAUUUAUAAUUUCAUUCAUUUUAACAAAAAUAAAAGCAGAUAGGCAUAG